AGCAGUUGCCACAGAAGCACUUUUAUAUAAAGCAGCCACGGCCUUGACAAUGGAGGAAAGACCCUACUUCAAUUCCUCACCACCAAGGGCGACCUUCGAGGACAGCAAGCAAGAUGGUGAUCGCCGACACGGAAACAAUUAUCGCCAAUCGACGAGUGUUCUUCGCGUGUGGAGUCGUGAUCUUGGGGUCCUUCCAGUAUGGAGUUGAUUUUGGGUUGAUUGGUGGCUUGCAGGCCAUGAAAGGCUUUCUCGAGGUUUUCGGCUUUAGAGCCCCAAAGACACCAAUUGGAUGGAACAUCAAUACCGAGCGCCAGCAACUGAUCUCCUCACUCAUGACCCUCGGUGCGUUCAUCAGCUCCGGCGGCGCAGGAUUCAUGGCCAUCAAGCUCGGUCGGAGGCAAUGCCUGUGGCUUGCUUGUGCGCUGUGCUGUAUUUCCAACAUCAUCAUGAUGGCUACGGAUAAGAUUGGGCCAUUAUAUGCUGGACGAUUCAUCAAUGGUCUAGCUAAUGGCUGCUUUAUGACUUUUAGCCAACUGUACAUUCAGGAGUCCAGCCCAGCCAAGUACCGCGGUCUUUUCCUGACGAUCUUCUCAGUCGGCACAUCGUUCGGAACGCUCAUCGGCACUAUUGUCGAUUUCGGAACUUCCAAGAAGCCGGGCAAGGCAGCUUAUCUUAUUCCCCUCGGCAUCAUCUUCAUCGUUCCCGCUUUCAUGACAGUAGCAUUAUUCUUCAUUCCCGAGUCUCCACGUUGGUUGCUGUUGCAAGGCCGCCGCGAGGAAGGCAUCAAGUCGCUUGCGGUACUGAGACCUGAUGGCACCGAUGUCGAAGACGAAGCUGCUGUCAUCGCUGCUGCCAUAGAACAUGAGAUGGAACUCAGUAGUGGCGUUGGGAUCCGUGAUGUCUUCGCCAACUCAAUUGAUCGACGCAGAACUAUCAUUGCUGUGUGUGGUCUGACCUCGCAGGCAGCUUCGGGCUCCAUGUUUGUGAUCGCUUAUAAAGCGUACUUCUUCACUAUGGCUCACGUUAGUAAUCCAUUCGCCAUGAGCUGUGUCCUCAGCACCGUUGGUUUGGCUGCUCUGAUCAUCAACUCCCUCAUCGUGAUCCACUGGGGUCGCCGCCGAGUGAUCCUCACAUCUGGUCUCAUCACCUGUGGCGUCCUCCAGUUAAUCAUCGCUGUCGUCUACAAUCAAAAUCCAGGAACCCCCCAGACCGGGAAGGUCAUCGUGGGAAUCACCAGCUUAUACAUGUUUGCUUAUAACGGCGCCGUUGCACCUUACGCCUGGCUCACCGGCGGCGAAAUCCCCUCCCAGCGCCUCCGAAGCUACACCUUCGGUCUUGCGACCGCAAUGGGUUUCCUGAUGGCAUGGCUCACCCAAUACACAGCACCCUACUUCAUCAACCCCUCGGCCCUCGACUGGGGCCCACGCUACGGCUUCAUCUGGUUCCCAUCCGCCUGUAUUGCCGCGCUCUGGGUAUUCCUCUUCUUGCCAGAAGUCAAGGGCAGGAGAUUGGAGGAGAUUGACGAGAUGUUCGAGGCCAGACUCCCAGCCAGAAAGUUCCGCAAAUACGUGUGCGUUGGCCCGCUUCGGCUUACGGAGGAGAAACUUAGCAGGACUGGCAGCAAGGAGAAUGCUGAGCACGAUGAGAAGGCUAUAACGACGGAAGCUGUUGAGCCUGUUCAUGAACCUGGAUUCAAGCGAGAGUGAUGUCGUGCAUGACUUUAACUGCCGAAGGUUGUUUGAGGAGAGACUUGAGUGGUUUCCAUGUGCCCUGUAGCAGCAAUCGAAUUGAUGUAUCUCUUUGCCUAGGGUUCCCUUUCCCAGCACGUGCGUCUUUCCUCAAUGCAAGCCUUCCGGUGCUUCUCAAGAGAACGGGUCUAAAUGACCGUGUCCCACGUAAUCAGCAACGACUACUUGACUUCCAUCUCCAGCUGUACACAUUCUUGCCUCAAAGUGGUCUCCAUAUGUUAUCUUUGGAUGCUAGCCCCCCAUGGAACAAGACCGAGAAAAUCCUAAUGUACCACCACUUGAUGAUCGGCCACAGGAUUCGAUUCUUCAACAACUCGCUAAACAUCCAGAGGGACCGUAGCAAAGAAAGCCCCAUCAUAUACAGAGGGGACUUAGGUCAAACAAGAUGGCUCGUGAAUGUUCCAACGGC